CAUCAUCGACAACUAUACUUGGUUGACUCAGAUUAUAGUUGUGAGACACCUUUGUCUAGGAUCGAUCACUCUGAUAAUACGUCAUUACCGCGAGAAUUUACAUUGUGCCUUCAUGUUCCUUUAAGUUCCUAAAAUCGACUACUCUCGAUUGUCUGUCUGGAAAUAUAAAUUUCAGACGAAUUUUAUAAUCAUUCUUUACCAAACACUUCACACUUCUAAACACGAGUCCGGCACUCACAUUCUUUUAUAAAGUAAACAUGUUCUCAAAGACUCUCAUCGUUGCUGCUAUUGCUUCCCUCGUCGCUGCUGCCCCAACUCCAGCAGGUGCACCAGCCUCAAAGCGCUCAAACGACAGCUAUGGUAACAUGGCUACCUACUACGAUGCUGAAACCGGUGCUGCUGGUGCUUGUGGUAACAUGCUCUCCAACAACGAUAGAUUCGUUGCUGUUGGCUUCAACUCACCAUUGGAAUGUGGCCAAUGGUUAGGUUUCAACGUUAACGGCAAGACCAGCUACGGUUACGUCGCUGACAAAUGUGCCGCAUGUGCAGACAACCACUACGACAUGUCUCCAACACUCUUCAACGAAUUCGCCGACCAAAGUGCAGGUGUCGUUAACAACAUCUGGGCUUGGGAAUUGGACUUCUAAGAAGCUUCAGCUCAUCAAAUAAUUACUGCAUAGAUUGCAAGGCUUUCUGGUAUAGCCGUCUAUAAGUAUUAUUAUAAUCCAUUGUGCAGUGCACUUGUUGUACACUCUUUGUUAGUUUAACAUUCGUUUUGUAUAGAUCCAUUGUAUAGAUUCAAGCAUUGUGAUACACUAAA